UUCGCCGCCGAGCCGCGCUUCCGAGGCCCACAGCCGCUCAGUGACCUGUUUUUUUUCCGGCCGGGAGAAGCUGGAGGCCCUGUCCAUGGACCGGGCGGCGGUGGCGAGGGUGGGCGCGGUAGCGAGCGCCAGUGUGUGCGCCCUGGUGGCGGGGGUGGUGCUGGCCCAGUACAUAUUCACCUUGAAGAGGAAGACGGGGCGGAAGACCAAGAUCAUCGAGAUGGAAAAUCAAGAAGAUUGGAUAAUCAAGAAAUACCUAAUCAGGAUUCUGCUGUACAUGUGAAAAUGAUGCCAGAAUUCCAGAAAAGUUCAGUUCGCAUCAAGAACCCUACAAGAGUAGAAGAAAUUAUCUGUGGUCUUAUCAAAGGAGGAGCUGCCAAGCUUCAGAUAAUAACAGACUUUGAUAUGACACUGAGUAGAUUUUCCUAUGAAGGGAAAAGAUGCCCAACGUGUCAUAAUAUCAUUGACAACUGUAAGCUGGUUACUGAUGAAUGUCGAAAAAAGUUACUGCAACUAAAGGAAAAAUAUUAUGCUAUUGAAGUUGAUCCUGUGCUUACAGUAGAAGAGAAGUACCCUUAUAUGGUAGAAUGGUAUACUAAAUCACAUGGUUUGCUUGUUGAACAAGCUUUACCGAAAGCUAAGCUUAAAGAAAUUGUGGCCGAAUCUGAUGUUAUGCUCAAGGAAGGAUAUGAGAAUUUCUUUGAUAAGCUCCAACAGCACAGCAUCCCUGUGUUCAUAUUUUCGGCUGGUAUCGGUGAUGUUCUAGAGGAGGUUAUCCGUCAAGCUGGUGUUUAUCAUCCGAAUGUCAAAGUAGUGUCCAACUUCAUGGAUUUUGAUGAUAAAGGGUUGCUCAAAGGAUUUAAAGGAGAACUAAUUCAUGUAUUUAACAAACAUGAUGGUGCCUUGAAGAAUACAGAAUAUUUCAAUCAACUCAAAGACAAUAGCAACAUAAUUCUGCUGGGAGACUCACAAGGAGACUUAAGAAUGGCAGAUGGCGUAGCCAACGUUGAACACAUUCUGAAAAUCGGAUAUCUAAAUGACAGAGUGGAUGAACUUUUAGAAAAGUAUAUGGACUCUUACGAUAUUGUUCUAGUAAAAGAUGAAUCAUUGGAGGUGGCCAACUCUAUCUUACAGAAGAUUCUGUAAACAAGCGUUCUUCCAGAGAAGACCUCUCUCCUGUGGGUGCAAUUGACGCAAGAACUGCUCAUCCGUUCGUCUUGCUGAAAGACCUUAUUUAUAAUAUAUUAUUGCUCUUGAACUUUUUCCUGUACGUUACUGAAGUAUUUUCAGACAUGUUGAACCCAUCAACUGGAAGCUCUUUUUCUCCACCUCUCCCAGUACACUCCUCCCUCACUAUAUUUUUAAUAGAAUAAAAAAAAAUUAUUAAAGCCAAAAUUUGAAAAAUAACUCUACAUUUCCAGAGUGAAUUUUGUAGUUCAAUGUUAUCAUGAAGUUUUUGAGGAGUCUUUUUACACUGCAAAAGUUUGUAGAAGUUUAAAAAGAAGUUUUAUGAAAUGGUGAAAUAAAGUGCAUGAUUUUAAGUGUCGCCAUUUUUGUAAUUUGGGUGAAUUAUGCUGAUGAAUCACCACCUCCUGAAAUUGUGGUGUUUGGUGAAAAUCCGUAUUUAUCAGAAAAUACUGGCACCUGGUGUUUGAAAAAACUCUUGGUAUCCACAUAUCACUAAUCAUUACAAAAUGUUCUGUAUUAAAGCACUGAUAAUAAACAUGAAAUGAAAAGCCUUUGUAAUUCUACUGUCAA